UGAGCCACCAUGCCCGGCAGGACAUUCUCGCUUCUAUCUAAAAAUUUCCCCAGUAACUACUACAGAUAAACUUCAUGGCACAGGUUUGAUGCCUGACUUAUUUGUGUAUCUCUAAUAUCAACAUCCCCACAAAGUAUUGGUAGGCUUACAGUAAACCCCUAAUAAUGUUGGGUGAACAAAGGAGAGUACAUGCAUGCUCUUUCAGUGUUGUCUGUGUGUGUGACUGUGGCGAGUCCAAGUCUUCAUGUGCAGUUCACCGAGUGUCUCCAGUUGUGUGUGGUGAGGGCUUGUUUCCAGGUGUAUCAGAUGGUGACUGAGUGUGGGACUCUGAGAGUUUGUGUCUAAAUCCAAGAUGCGUGCAUGCCUGCGUGGGUCUGUCUGUGACAGUGCAUCUGUUGUUUCUGUCUGAUGGGGUAGAUGUCCGUUUGUGUUCCUGCCACAGAUUCUGGAUAGCUAUUUCUGGACAGUCUGUUCCAUUGAUAAGCUGCACAUGUGAUGGUGUAUGUGUGUCUAUGUCUGAACAGGUCUAUCCAUGCCUGUUUUUGUGACACUGCCACAAAAUGUGGCUCUGUCACAUUAGUACAUGUCUGCCUUCAGAGCAGUGCACGUGUGUCUUGGGAGCAUCUGUGUAUCUUCCUGUAACAGACUCUGUGUCUCAUUUCUGGGACAGUACAAGUCUUGCUGUGACAGUGCAUGUCUGAUGGUGCCAGUGUGUUUGUGACAAGUUCUGUCAGUGUGUUUGAGGGGACAUUUCUGUGUCAUCACAUGGCCAAUGUAGGUCUGCAUGAGUGCCUUUCUGUAACUGUGUCUCUGGGUGUCAUUCUGGGACGUAACUAUUUUUCUAACAAUGUGCCUGCGCCUGAAAGUGUUUUGUCAGUCUCUGUAUCAUAGUGCAUGGCUGCAUGUGUAUCUAGGUCGUUUCCGUGAAUGUGACAGUAUGUGUUUGUGUAUAUCAUGGCGUUCAUGUGUCUUGGUAGUGCAUUUUUCUUCCUGAGGUGUGGCGCCUUCUCUGGCUGUUUUUCACAAAUUUGUGUACUAGAGUUGCCACUUCUCUAGCAGCCUCUAUCAUGUCUCUCAGUCCUUGCCUCUCUCAACUCCAAGUGCAGCCCAAUGCCACCACCACCCUGGGCUCACCCCCAUCCCCCAAGAACCACCCCCUGCUGUUCUAGAUUCUAGACCUGCUGACUGGGCUCAGGGCUCUGGGUUAGAAACUCCAAUAAACAAUCCACAGACAGCAGCCUUAAGCCAUGGGAAAUGUUGCCUUUGACCAAUGCGCACCCGCGGCGGUGAUGGCGAGGGUUCCCCCUCCCUGGCUACCAGAUUUUUCUAGGGCCCUGGUUUCAGCUUUCCAGUGAAGACCACCAGUCUCCUGGAGGACUUUGGUGAAGGAUGACAAGCUCCUUUCGGGCCGGGGUCCUGCAUAGCCACAGGCUCGAAUUCUUAGAAGCCCGGCUGGCGGUAUCUCUGUGCUAAUUUCGAGGCAGCGGCGGCAAACCAACUUCCCAAGAAAGGAUACUGCGCAGUUAUUUUUUAAGUGUAAAUACACACACACAUCACCACAACUACCAACAACAACCCCGCGCAACAACCAAAACAAGCGCGGUUGCUGCGAGAGGAUUCCCAGAACCGGUUUCCUCUUGGUGUGAGCCCCACCUCGAGCCCCCUCAUUUACAUGCAGGCCCCGCCUCCUCGGAAGAAUCGAGCGUGUAUUUGCAUAAAGGAGCAUUUGAAACGGAGAGGGUGGUAUGCAAAUAAGAACUGGCUCCGAUUGGCUGUGGUACAGCAGGUGCCGCGUCCGGAUUGAUCAAAGCCAGGUGGGCGGGGCUGUCGCCCAGGGUGACUCUCCCGGGAGGCGCGUGCCCCGGCUCAGUAGCUUUGGGGCUGGCGCGUGCGGCGAAUCUUAACGCUGCGCCGUCUGCGGGCGCUUCCGGGCCACCAGUUUCUCUGUCUUCCACCCUGGCGCCCCCCAGCCCUGGCUCCCCAGCUGCGCUGCCCCGGGCGUCCACGCCCUGCGGGCUUAGCGGGUUCAGCGGGCUCAAUCUGCGCGGUGCAUCCUCCAUGUUGACCAAGCCUCUGCAGGGGCCCCCCGCGCCCCCCGUGACCCCCACGCCGCCGCCAGGAGGCAAGGAUCGGGAAGCGUUCGAGGCCGAGUACCGACUUGGCCCCCUCCUGGGUAAGGGGGGCUUUGGCACCGUCUUCGCAGGACACCGCGUCACAGAUCGACUCCAGGUGGCCAUCAAAGUGAUUCCCCGGAAUCGUGUGCUGGCCUGGUCCCCCUUGUCAGACUCAGUCACAUGCCCACUCGAAGUGGCACUGCUAUGGAAAGUGGGUGCAGGUGGUGGGCACCCUGGCGUGAUCCGCCUGCUUGACUGGUUUGAGACACAAGAGGGCUUCAUGCUGGUCCUCGAGCGGCCUCUGCCCGCCCAGGAUCUCUUUGACUAUAUCACAGAGAAGGGCCCGCUGGGUGAAGGCUCAAGCCGCUGCUUCUUUGGCCAAGUAGUGGCAGCCAUCCAGCACUGCCAUGCCCGUGGAGUUGUCCAUCGUGACAUCAAGGAUGAGAACAUCCUGAUAGACCUACGCCGUGGCUGUGCCAAACUCAUUGAUUUUGGUUCUGGUGCCCUGCUUCAUGAUGAACCCUACACUGACUUUGAUGGGACAAGGRUGUACAGCCCCCCAGAGUGGAUCUCUCGACACCAGUACCAUGCACUCCCAGCCACUGUCUGGUCACUUGGUAUCCUCCUCUAUGACAUGGUGUGUGGGGACAUUCCCUUCGAGAGGGACCAGGAAAUUCUGGAAGCUGAGCUUCACUUCCCUGCCCAUGUGUCCCCAGACUGCUGUGCCCUAAUCCGCCGGUGCCUGGCCCCCAAACCUUCUUCCCGACCCUCACUGGAGGAGAUCCUGCUGGACCCCUGGAUGCAAACACCAGCCGAGGAUACACCCCUCAACCCCCCAAAAGGAGGGCCCACCCCUUUGGCCUGGUCCUUGCUACCCUAAGCCUGGCCUGGCCCCCAAUGGUGGGAAGAGCCAUCCCAUGGCCAUGUCACAGGGAUAGAUGGACAUUUGUUGACUUGGUUUUACAGGUCAUUACCGGUCAUUAAAGUCCAGUAUUACUGAGGUAAGGGAUUGAGGAUCAGGGGUUAGAAGACAUAAGCCAAGUCUGCCCAGUUCCCUUCCCAAUCCUACAAAGAAGCUUUCUUCCCAGAACCUGUGGUCCCUGAUUCUGGAGGGGGAACUUCUUGUUUCUAAUUUUGCUAACGACGUUUAUUUCGGGUGAAGUUGUUUCCAUUCUGAGCCCCGGGACUCAUUCUGAUGACGUGUCACCCCUACAUUGGCACCUCCUCCUACCAUCACACAGACUUCCUUCAUAUGGUCUUACUUGGGCAAGGGUGCUUUCCUUCCAAUACCCUAGUAACUUUUAUUUUAGCAAAGGGACCCCUUUCCCCUGGCCUAGGGUCCCAUUUUGGGUCAAGCUGCUUACCUGCCUCAGCCCAGGAUUCCUUAUUCUGGGGGAGGUAAUCCCUUGUUACUCCAAGGCUUUUUUUUUUUUUUUUUUUUUGGUGAGGGGAUCCUACUCUGUUAUCCAAUGUGCUCUUAUUCUGGUGAGAAGAACCUUACUUCCGAAUUUGGGAAGGAAUGGGAGAUGGACACCACCGGACCCCACCAGACACUAGGAUGGGAUGGAUGGUUUUUUGGGGGAUGGGCUAGGGGAAAUAAGGCUUGCUGUUUGUUCUCCUGGGGCGCCCCCUCCAACUUUAGCAGAUUUCUUGCAACAUUCUCCUGAGCCGGGAUUGUCCAAUUGCUAAAAUGUAAAUAAUCACGUAUUGUGGGGAGGGGAGUUCCAAGUGUGCCCUCCUCUCUUCUCCCCCUGCCUGGAUUAUUUAAAAAGCCAUGUGUGGAAACCCACUAUUUAAUAAAAGUAAUAGAAUCAGAAGCGGCUGGCCAUUUGUAGGGGUGAGGCUUUUAUGGAGCAUCUACUGUGCGCUGAGACAGACUGUCUGCUUUGUCCUCAUGAAGCCAGUCUUGACUUGCCAUUCUAAGGAGCUUUAAGGGUUCUGGAAGCUGCACCACACAAAAAAACUUAAUUUCCUCUGUCCAUGAUCUUAUGCUGUGUCCAGUACAUGCAGAAGGGCUCUCUGUUGGAGAUACUGUGCAUAUUGAAGGUGUUUAGGGCACAUCCCCAAUCAAGAUGGCCAUCUCAGUAGCAGAAAAAACUACCUCCCCAGCUGGGUAUGGUGGAUCACGAGGUCAGAAUAUCAGGACUCCUGGCCUACAUGGUGAAAUCCUGUCUCUACUAAAAAUACAAAAAUUAGCCGAGCGUGGUGGUACACCCCUGUAGUCCCAGCUACUCAGGAGGCAGAGGCUGCAGUGAGCCAGUAUCGCACCACAGCACUCCAGCCUGGGUGACUACCUUCCCUGACACCCCUGGGGAGGGAAGAAGCCCUUUCCCUGUUGGAGAAGAAAAGCCCUAUCAGGGUACUGGUGAAGGCAGGGCUGAAGUUGGGUGUUGACUGUAAUCUUGUAGCUCUUGUCUACUGAUGUGCAGAGGGCAGUCACCGGUUUUACUCUUAUCUUUACCCUCUCCCCCAUCUUUACCCUUACAUACUCAUCCUUCCCAUUUCUCCUUAACACUUGACUACCUGUCCUGCCCUAUUCCAUCUUGAUUUCACUUGUUCUAACCUCAGCUGUCCCCUCUUGCUCUGCUUUCAUUUUUUAAAAUUUGAGAUGGAAUUCAAGCGAUUCUCCUGCCUCAGCCUCCCAAGUAGCUGGGUACAGGUGCGCACCACUACGCCUGGUUAAUUAUUUUUAGAGAAGUGGUUUCGCCCUAGGCUGGAACUCCUGAGCUCAGGUGAUCUGCCAGACGGCCUCCCAAAGUGCUGGGAUUAUAGACAUAAGCCAUCGCCCCCGGCCCGGUCUCCUGCCCUGCUUCCAAAUGCUAGCUAACCUGUGAGCCUUUCACCUGUCUACUUUGCCAUUCUCAGUGGUGACUCACUUGGCUUCCCUUAUCUGCGUCAACUUUCCUUUGCAUUUUCACUUGUUUAACCUCACCUGCUCUGCUUUUAUCUGCUAGUUCACAUGCUUGACUCUCACCUGAUGCUUCAUCCAGUAUGCCCUCACCCGCCCCGGCCAGGUCAAAGUGUCUUCGUCUCUAGAUUCCCGUGUGCUCUCCAGGGCGGGACCUCGCUGGGGAACGGGAAAGCGGAACUUCAGUCCAACCAGGAAGCACCUGGGAGUUUCUGAUGCGGAAAGGGCGGUGCCUUCUAGAGAAUCUGCCAAUAAAAGGCCGACAUGAAAGGGGUGACUGAGACUAGGAGACGGGAUUGCGGGGUGAUCUGGAAAGUGCCACCAGUGAAGCGGACGUGAACGCCAAGACAAGGCGGGUCUAGUGACUGGAAUGGGCCGGUGAAGCUAAGUAGGGACGCUCACAGGCGCCUGAAGUACAUAUCCCUAGCCGUGCUGGUGGUCCAGAAUGCCUCCCUCAUCCUCAGCAUCCGCUACGCCCGCACGUUGCCUGGGGACCGCUUCUUUGCCACCACUGCUGUGGUCAUGGCAGAAGUGCUCAAAGGUCUCACCUGCCUGCUGCUGCUCUUCGCAGAGAAGAGGGGUAACGUGAAGCACCUGAUUCUCUUCCUCCACGAAGCUGUCCUGGUGCAGUAUGUGGACACGCUCAAGCUCGCAGUGCCCUCUCUCAUCUACACCUUGCAGAAUAACCUCCAGUACGUUGCCAUCUCUAACCUACCAGCUGCCACUUUCCAGCCUUCCCCGAGGUGCAGCCAAAGCCAUAGCCUCUGCCUCUGCCUCUGCCUCUGCGCCCUGUGUUCACCAGCAGCCUCCCGGGCAGCCACCGCCACCACAGCUUUCUUCCCACCGUGGAGACCUCAUCACGGAGCCCUUUCUGCCAAAGUCAGUGCUGGUGAAGUGAGGGCUGGCAGCAAUGGGGGGACACAAGGGAGGGGGACUGGGUGGAGGGUGUUGGGCAUCUGCAGGACCCAAGUCGCCACCCUGCGGGGCCUGGCUCCUCUGGGUUUGGGAGAUGGUCUUUUCUCCCACAUCACUGAGACUUCUGGAGGGGCAUGAGACUAGGGCUGGGUGUCACGUGAACCCUUCCUGGUAGGCUGAUCCUCUUCCCCUGGAGGAGGUUUUAGAGCUGCCUCCUCUGCCCCCUCGAACCUCUUUGGAGGCAGGGUUGGGGGUUAUUGUCAUUCAAGGCCUUUUUUUUGUCUGCCCCCUCCCCGACUCUGUGCCCUCUGCUCGAAGUGUCUUGUCUGGGAGAGAUCCUCCCAGCAGUCUCUCCACCUCCAUAAGGACACACUGGACAAAACUCCUGCAGCUCUUCAGGAAUGACCGAUGCCUACCUGUGGGGUUUGGUUGCCCAUAGUUUGAGGCCUUCUCUCCUCCCUUACCACCGCUCUGGAUCAUGUUAGCAGUUCGGUCUUUUGUGUGGCCUUGGGGCAGCUUCCCUGACACCUUGAGGAUGGGCUUCUUGCGAGUCCUGGACAAGAGCUGAGGUUUUUGCAUCAGCCCUUCUGGCGGGCGGUAGAGAAUAUUUUUUUUUCCAGUGGACUUGGGAUUUGUGGUGUAAUCAGAUCAUUAAUGAUCCAGGGCGUGGGAAAAGUGGAGGUCCUUGAAGUGGCUGAAUCUCAUUGUAUUUAAGACACUGUCACUUGCCAGAUGCAGGGUUAUUUAUGGAGACAUCUAGAGAGGAAAAAUAAAGCUGCCAAUCACACCCUUGAUACCCCACUGGCUGUGUGAGGCACCCCUACCUCAUGGGGGUGUCUUGGGAUUGAUGAACUGUGGAACCUGCCUCCUGCACUCCCCAAAGCUUAUUAACCCCUUAACUGUAUCGGGGCAUGGGGUGUGUGUGUGCAUGGAAGAUGCCUGGGCUGUCUUUGCUAUAUGUAAAUAGGGCCAUUGGAUCUUUAUUUUUGAUUAAUUUGUUCUGAUUUUUUUUGGUUUGUUUUUUAAGGAACUGUAAUGAACAAAUGUCAGGAUACCCAAUGCCAAAUAAAGAUGUUGUAUUUAUUUA